AUGGAGGAGAGAGGUAAUAAAUAUUUUAAUAUCCUAUUGGGGAAGUCUUUAUUUCAAGACGUUACAAAGGAUUAUGGUGGUAAUGUUACCAAAUGUAAGAUGCACGAUCUUGUGCAUGAUCUUGCAGAACGUGUAUCAAAAUCAGGGAACUCACGCUCACUUUUUUCAAAUGGAGAAGAUCUUGAGAGCAACUUACUUAACUUGAAAUCCUUACGUGUCUUAAACUUAUACAAGGCAAAUAUUGAGGUCUUGCCGGAUUCUAUUGGAAAGUUGAAACACUUGAGGUAUUUGAAUGUAUUGAAAACAAGAAUGAAAGCACUUCCCAAAUCUAUUGGGAAGCUUUAUAAUCUACAGACACUGAAAAUACCUUAUCACCUUGAAGAGCUUCCAGGGGAAAUUGCAAAUUUGAUCAACUUGCGGCACAUUUAUUUUGGUAGAUAUAUGAAAGUUUCAGGUGGGAUAUUGGCACAGUUCACUAAUCUCCGGUCAUUACCUUUUCUCAAGGUGGGUAAAGAGACAGGUCCGAGAAUUGAGGAAUUGAGUGGUUUAAACCAGUUGCACAACACCUUGUCUAUUUAUGAACUGGAAAAUGUAGGAGAUGGAGAAGAAGCGCAGAAAGCAAACUUAGUAGAGAAGAAACAGAUACGCAAAUUGAUCCUUCGAUGGAAACUCAGUAGGCCAACCCACAAUGUGGAGAAUGACGACGAUGUACUAGAAGGCCUCCGACCACAUUCUAGUUUGGAAUUUUUGGAGAUUCAUGGAUUCAUGGGUACUAAAUGUCCAUCAUGGUUAUUGCUAACCAACAAUUUGAAAGAAAUUGAAUUAUUGGCCUGCAACAAAUGUGAGGGGGUCCCAGUACUUGGGCAUUUACCCAAUCUCAAUUGUGUUAAGAUUAAGAGAAUGCAGAAACUAACUCGUAUAGGAUCCGAGUUUUAUGGUUAUAAUCAUGUUAACUGUGGAAAUGGAUCAAGUAAGGAGGCACGGCCUUUGUUCCCUGCUUUGAAAAUAUUGCAUAUUGAGAAGGCACGGAACCUGAUUGAAUGGAUGGAAGCGCCAACAGAGAGAGGAAGUAGGGUGGUGUUUCCUUGCCUUGAGGAGCUGAUCUUGACUGACUGUGAGCAACUGACAAGUGCUCCCAGUCAUUUUCCAUCUCUCAAGAAGUUGGUGAUAGAAGACAUGAGAAGAGGAGGCACGCCAAUAGCAAGUAUUCUAAGCAAUCAACUCACCACUCUCACUUAUCUCAGCUUAUCCGAUGUGGAUGGACUUACUUGUCUGCCGGAAGGGAUGUUAGAAAACAACAAGAAUCUUGCACUUUUGGAUAUGUGGUAUUGUCCGGAGUUAAUUUGUAUAUCUCCCCAAUCACAAGGAUCUGAGUACUGCUGCGCAUCUCUUUCAUAUUUGCGGAUAUGGGGUUGUAUGAAUCUGAAAUAUUUCCCUGAUGGGCUACUCACAGCUUCUCUUAAAGAGCUAAGGUUGGGUUUUUGUUGCCAUCUAGAGUUCAACCCAAAUGCUAUACACGGUGGUCUCACAUCCCUUGAAACAUUGGAGGUGACGUACUGCUCUAAAAUAACGUCCAUUCCAUUUUCACAAGGCCUCCCAUCUCUUGGUGAAUUAACUAUAGACGGCUGUCGGGAAUUAUCAAGCCUACCGGGUGGACUGGAAUACUGUACCUCUAUUCGGAGUUUGAGAAUAACAUGGUGCCCUAAGGUACCUUCCAUUUCAAUCGAAAGUCUGAGUACAUCCCUCCAAGAGUUGUGUGUAAGUAAUCUAGACUCUCUUCCAAUUUCACAAGGAGGCUUCACAUCACUCCGUCAAUUGACAAUCGAAAGAUACCCAAGUGCACAAAUUGGGCCAGAAUUUAGUGCCUCUCUUCAAACCCUUGAAUCUCUUCAAAAAUUGAGUAUACGGUUUUGCGAUAAUGUAGAGACUAUUCCGAGUUCAGACAAGCUCACAUCCCUCCGCAGCUUGGAGAUUUAUUGUUGUCCUAAAUUAACGUGUCUACCGGAUGGGUUAGCAGCAUCGUCACAGUCCUGCUGCCUCACCCGUUUGAAGGAAUUGAAAAUUGGUGGUUUCUGCGAGGAGCUCGAUGCAUUCCCAGCUUUUCAGGCUAUACCACAGCUUGAAUCAUUAACCAUCGAGGGGUGGCCUAAGCUCAAGUCUCUCCCUGAACAAAUUCAACACUUGCCUUCUUUAAGACAUUUGACGAUAUCAUCCUUUAAGGGAGUGAGGGCUCUUCCAGAAUGGUUGGGAAACCUUGCAUCUCUUGAGGACUUGAAUAUUCGGUCGUGCGGUAGUCUGAAGUAUCUACCUUCUGUGGAAGCUAUGCAACGCCUCACCAAAUUGGAAGAGAUAGUCAUCAUCGGCUGUCCGCUUCUAGAAGAAAGAUGCAGGGAGGAGAGCGGCCCAGAGUGGCCUAAGAUUCGUCAUCUUCCAUUCAUCACGAGUAAGACUCUUUUUCAUCUAUUACUAAACUAG